AUGGCUCCUUUGGGGGGCCAGUUCGUUCCGGAAUCGAUCAUGGGCUUCCUCCACGAGCUGACCUCGGUCUUCGAAACCGUCGUCUCGGAUCCAUCUUUCUGGGCCGAAUACGCCACUUUCCAACGCUCCCAGAACACCCCAUUGACCCGGGCUAGCAAGCUCUCCGACUCAGCCACGGGGGCAACCAUAUGGCUGAAAAGGGAGGACCUGAAUGAUUACGGCAGCCACAAGGCUCGCAAUAUCAUCGGCCAGCUUUUGCUUGCCCGCCGCAUGGGUCGUACAGAGGUUGUCACUGAUUGCGCAGCGGCCAAGCAUGGAAAUUUCACGGCGGCAAUGUGCGCGCAUCUUGGGUUGCGGUGUGUUGUCGUCAUGGGUGCGGACGAUGCACGAGCGCAGGAAGAAGACGUCCUCGAAAUGAAGAUGCUCGGGGCCAAGAUCGUGACCGCUAGAACCCCCUCCGGUAUGGGGUCACUGCGCGCUGCAAUCACAGAAGCACUCCGCUAUUCAGUCUGCAGAUAUGAAUCUGUGUACUACCUGAUGGGAGGACCUGUGGGCCCCAGCCCACUGCCAACCGUGACCCGUACUUUCCAGGCUCUCCUAGGCGAGGAGGUCGCAGCCCAGAUGCACAGGGAGGUCGGUUGUCAGCCAGAUGCUGUCGUCACCGCCGUUGGUAGUGGAUGCGGCGCGGUGGGCCUAUUCAGGCCCUUUCUUCACAGCCCCGCUGUUCGACUGGUUGGUGUGGAAGGCAUACAUGCCGCUGCCUUGACGGAGGGUUCACUCGGCGUUCUCCAAGGCUCGCGCACGCUGAUGCUUCAGAACGAUGACGGCCAGAUCAUUGACUCGUACUCCAUCUCGCCAGAUAUGAAUCUUUCCACGGUUGGACCCGAGGUGGCGCAUUGGAAGAGCAGGGGCCGCAUUGAAAUCCAGACUGCCACGGACGCGGAUGCCCUGGAUGGGUUCAAAAGUCUCCUGAACCACGAGGGGGUUGUGUCUGGUUUGGACUCGAGUCACGCGGUGAGGGCAGCAUUGAGUUUAGCGAGAGAUCUGGGUCCUGGUAAGAAUGUUGUUUUGAUGGUGACGGGGGGGAGAUAA